GGGAGCGGCUGGUUGCGGGCCCGCAGAAGCAGUUCGCCGCGCUGCUGGGCUGCUGCUUCGCCAGCACCACUGGCGCCCUGCUGCUCGCGCGCCAGGACAUCGCUGGCGCCGUGGUGGCGGCCAUGCUGCUCGGCGCGGCCGGCCUCGAGGCGUUCCUGGACUUCUGCGCCGGCUGCUUCAUGUUCACAUACAUGAUCAAGUUCGGUUUCGUCACGUCGAAGGUGAACGACAUGGCCAUCAGCCAGAAGUCCUUGAUGCAGGCGCAGAUGGACCACCAGGACGACUUCUCCGGCGAGCUGCGUCCGCUCGAGGAGUACGUUCACCGCCAGCCCGGCCAGCCUGAGACGCCGGCGGACCUCCGCGUGAAGUUCCGCAAGACGGACGAGCACAAGCGACGCGGCUUCCACCCCGUCAAGCACGUGGCGAUCGGGGACUUCAUGAUGCCGCUCGGCAUCGCUGCGCUGGCGAUGGCCUGGAAGCUCGGCAACUACACGCCGGCGCUCGAGACUGGCCGCAUGUGCGGCGACACCACGUGGCGCGUGCUGAUGUGGAUCUCCGUUGGUCUGUCCGGAGCCCUGCUGGCCCUGCUGUUCGCGAAGCUCCUGAUCUUCCCGCGCAAGCUCCUCAAGGAGGUGUCGCACCCGAUGAAGUCGGGCAAUUGCGCGACGCUGCCCACGUGCCUGGUGAUUUAUGCUUUCCUGCUGUGGGACAGCGACGACUACGACACCCCCGACUACGACACCAGAAAGGAGGUGAAGCAGCUGUGCGUCGUUCUGUUCUGGAUCGGCGCCGCCCUGCUGAAGGCGCUCAUGGUCUACAGGCUCGCCUGGGUCGUCGGCAACCGCGCCAACCAGGACCACAAGCAGGCGCAGAUACUGCUCCCCAUCAUCGGAUGCAUGGUCGCUGCCAUGGUGGCUCCGAUCUUUGACGGCUUCGACGACGUGUGGGGCUACACCGAGUUCGGCUGGUUCUUUUUCGGCCUGGC